GCAGUGCCUCUUCACCGACCAGUGAGCGCAGCGGCGGCGCAGGAGACACAGGCUCCCAACGAUGCGGAGCGCAAUACUGUUGCUGUUUUGCGUGGCGACCGCCUAUGGUCAGCAGAAGGGCGGCACUAUAGGCAACCCUAGUCUUGGUGGACUUUCCAGGCCAGGAAGUGGACCAAAUGUCAUAGGAGGAGCGGGGCCAAGUGCCCCCGGAAUGCAGCCUACCUUCGGAGAAGGUGCAGAAGGUGGCCCAGGUGCAACUAUAGGAGGAUCAGGCGUUGGACCAAGUGUGACCGGAGGACCUGGAAUGGGAGCGGGCGGUGGCGGCGGAAUAGGACCCGGAGGUCCGAUUGGUGGGUCUGAACCAACAGAGGUCUUCGGAGAGAACCCCGAAGGUGAAAUUGGAGGUGGUGGAGGCAUAGUAGGAUUCGGUUCAGAUCACGGACAGCUGGACCUGUUCACACUGCUACUCCGCCAGAUCUUCUUGGCUUACGGGGCAGACCCGUUGAAGCUUCCCGAAAUGACCUUGCCAUUUUCCAGCAUCUUGCGCAUGUCGGGAACCGUGCGUACCUUCAACUCGUUCGUGUACGGCCUGUCUCACGUGAAACGCACGGGUCCUUGCUUCGUUACGGCCGACCACAGCGGCAUGCGCCUCGGCCUCGACCUGGGCAUCACGGACGUGUUCGGAAACUCGUCGGCCACCGUGACGAUGAACAGAAGGAAUAUUAAAAAGCAGCUCGUGCACUUCACUGUGAUCGUCAAGAAAGCCCGUGCCAUCCUCGAAAUAGCGCAAACGGGUCCCCAUGAGAUCCACGUGACAAACUUCAAGAUCCUAUUUCUUCAAGGCUUCAGGCUGUUCCUCAAGCCACACGAGCCGUCGAGAAAGCCACUGUUCCGCACGUUCCUGCGCGCUGCGCAGUCGUUCCUCGAGCGGUCAGUCAAGAAGCGCCUCGAGCCCCUGGUGCGCAAGGCCGUCGACGACCAGAUUAAGCAGGUUCUGGCCUACCUGAAUCGCCAGGCUGAACUCAGGCCCAAGCCACGGCUGCCGCCCGAGCUCUUCACGGGUGCAGUAGAUAGCGUUUUGGACGGCGGCGCUCCUGGCGGUGCAUUCCCCUCAGGAAGACCCUCUGGUGUCGGACCAGGUGUCGGUCCUGGCGUCGGAGUGUCAGGUGUCGGACCGGUUGGACCUGCAGGUAACGGCCCAUCAUCUGCGGGCGGCAUGCUGCCUUCAGGAGGGCCGUCAAAUGCAGUUGGUGGUGUCGGUUCAUCACUCUCAGGUCUAGGUGGCGGACCGUCAGGGCCUGCGGGUCGCCCCUCAGGACCAGGAAUCGGGUCUGGAAAUUCAUUAGCCGCAGGUGGCGACAUGUCAGCCUCACUUCCCAGUGCACAAGGCGGUUUAAGCGGCCAACAGAAACUCCUCACUAUCAAAGGCUAAUAAAUCCGACGACCACGGAUCACUCGACAAAUCUUCAGUUUUUUUUCGGGAAUAAAACCUACUACUCGA